CUUAGAGCCGCCUUGUUACUCUCCCAGGGUGAAGGAGAUCUGGAGGGAGAAAGAAAGCCGGCUGCCGAUUCGCGACUCUUGCUUCAUUUUACGCCGCGAAAUACGAAGCAGGAGAAAGGGGUAGAGUCGAGAACACCCCCCGCCCGCAAACUCCCCUGCAGAGAGGCAGGCUCCAGCCCACGCUCCUGCUGCUUUCAGUGCCUGCCUCCCCCGCUGUCAUGAGCAUCCAUAAAGGAGGAUCCCGCCUGCAGCAGCAACAGCCUGGCGAAUAGAGAGCGUACAAGACGCCCGGAGUGGGAAAGGCGAAGGAGACGGGGCUGCAGUGUGGCGGCGGCGGUGGGGAGAUCCGGCUUGCAAACGGAGCUCCCCUCAUCGACUCCGGGAAAACCCUACUCGGUUGAGGGCGCACGCCUCUCUGCGCUAAGGACAGAAGUGGGGGCGGCGGCGGCGAAUCCUGGCAAAGAGAUUAGCCAGCUCGGCGCUGCUGAGGUGGUCAAGAGAAGAGAAGAGAAGUCGCCUCCUUCCUACCCUUUCUACUUCUUCGUUUAGCUCGGGGGUCAGACAGACCAGGUCCACCAGGGGCCCCUUGAAUUGCUCCCGUUGUGAGAAGCAAGCUCGCAAAACUGGGGUUUAUUCUGCUCCUUAACCCCUUUCCAUGUCCAGUAAAAUUGUCUAAAGCUGCGCCUCCCCUUUCGUUCCCAGUUCUUGCCCCUUCGCCAACAUCGGGUAUAUCCAUGACUGUUUGACCACGCAUCUUCCCAUUACCUCCCUUCAGCACGCAAAGUGGGCCCCCCUGAUCUCCCAUUUUGGCCUAGGUUGAGAAGGGCGCAUUGGAUCAACCCUCGUCCUGGGGCCCUGCUGCGCCCUUGGGUGCCCCCGCAGUGGCCGGUGGGAUGAAGCCUUUGGAGAAAUUUCUGAAGAAGCAGGGCUCUCACUUGGCCGCCCGGGCUGUUCCUAGUUCGGGGGGGCAGUUAUCUCGCAGGCAAAGCGUCUCCAAAAUCCUCUUGCCUGGAUUUCUUAAGGAGCCACCUGAAGAUCUGACGGAAGGAGGCACGGAAACCACGGGCGACGGCCGCUGGCUGGAGUUGCGGCCCCCCGAUUCCUCUCUGCGCUCCCCAACAUCCUUCUCGUCGGAGGAGCUUUCCCCAGGAGGUGGCGGAGGAGGAGAAACCCAGCUCAGUCCCGAGUCGGUGCCUACUUGCUGCUGGAUCCCGUUGGCAGAACCGGAAAGCCCUGAUCGCUUAGUGGGGAGGGUGCUGGAGAGGCUGGGAGGGGACCCGACAGCCCCUCAUGGACAUGGCUGUGGAGCCGAUAUCCUCCUAGAUGAUAUUGUCCUUACCCACUCACUGUUUUUGCCCACGGAGCAGUUUCUACAUCAGCUGUACCAACACUUCAUGAUGGCAUCAGCAAUCCCAUCUCCGCCAUGCUGGAAAGAAGAUGAGGCUGUGCACCGGAAACGAGCAGUUUUGAUCAUUUUACUGCACUUUCUUGAAACAUUCAAGGGGAUUCUGCAAGAAGAAGAAAAGGCUGGCAAAGUCAUCAAGGAUCUGUAUUUGCUGAUCAUGAAAGAUGCAUCCCUGUACCAGAAACUGGAAGAUGAAAUCCUGAAGUUACAUCAACUUGUGGACACAGUGGAACUCAAAGUGACUGAAGAAACCCAACCACCCAGCAAGCAGGUCAAGCCUUUAUUCAGACAUUUUCGGCGCAUAGAUUCAUGUCUUCAAACUCGGGUUGCUUUCCGUGGAUCUGAUGAAAUCUUCUGCCGAGUCUAUAUGCCAGACCACUCCUAUGUCACCAUCCGCAGCCGCCUCUCAGCCUCUGUGCAGGACAUCCUCACGUCAGUGACCGAGAAACUUCAAUAUUCUGAUGAACAGCCUACACGGGAGGAAGCUCUCAUUCUGGUGGCUGUUGCAUCAUCAGGAGAGAAAUCUGUGCUACAGCCUAAUGAAGAGUGUGUUUUCACUACCUUGGGAAUAAACAGCCAUCUUUUUGCCUGUACAAAGGAUACUUUUCCAUCCCUGGUCCCUCUCCCAGAGGAAAUCCAAGUGUCACCAGGUGACACAGAGAUCCACCGAAUGGAAGCUGAGGAUGUAGCAAAUCACCUGACAGCCUUCCACUGGGAACUGUUCUGGUGUGUCCAUGAGGUAGAAUUUGUGGAUUAUGUGUUCCAUGGUGAACGUGGCCGACGGGAGACUGCCAAUUUAGAAUUGCUGCUGCAACGUUGCAGUGAGGUUCAGCACUGGGUGGCUACUGAAAUAUUACUCUGUGACUCUCUAGGAAAGAGGGCUCACUUGCUCAAGAAAUUCAUCAAGAUUGCUGCUGUAUGUAAACAGCAUCAGGACAUGUUAACAUUCUAUGCUGUGGUUAUAGGACUGAACAAUGCGCCUGUCAGUCGUUUACGCCUCACCUGGGAGAAGCUUCCAGGCAAAUUUAAAAACUUGUUUCGUAAAUUUGAAAAUCUCACGGAUCCCUGUAGGAAUCAUAAAAGCUACAGAGAAGUUCUGUCUAGGAUGAAACCACCCAUUAUCCCCUUUGUGCCCCUCAUCCUAAAAGAUUUGACAUUUUUGCAUGAAGCUAGCAAAACCUUAGUGGAUGGAUUAAUCAAUGUAGAGAAACUGCAUUCAGUUGCAGAAAAAGUACGCACUAUCAGGAAAUGCCGAAGUCGACCUCUCUGUUUGGAGAUGGAGUCAUCUCCUCAGCAGCUACAGACAAAGGCUUAUGUCCGUCAAUUCCAGGUUAUUGACAAUCAGAAUUUGCUCUUUGAACUCUCUCACAAGCUGGAGUCAAACAGCCAGUGAAAUCCCUGUCCAUAUGCAGGCAUUGUUUAAAAAGAAUGUUUACUCUGUAUGAUACUUGAGCACUUUUUGGAUGUACAGGGGACCCACCUAGGCUUUGCCUUAGUUGUAGAGGCAUGUAUGGAGUCAUGAGAUGGCAAGGAUGAAGAGUCUUUGUCAUGGCUGGCCCAAGGCACGUUGGUGGAAAAUUUAAUGGCACCUUGUAAUCUUACCGAUUAGAGUGAGACACAAUCUGCUGGGAAGCUCUCCUGCUUGAUUCAUCCAUCCACUUUGAUGUCAGAGCUGAAAAACCCAAAUAGCACCUUUUUAGUUGCUUUAUAAUAUAGUGGAGCAAUUCAAUUGUGUCUUAACUCUUAAUCAAGCCUCAUUGUCAGUUAAUAAUAAUUCAUAUGCAGGAAAUUUUUCCAAAAGGUUUCAAUCCAUUAGUAAAUCUAUCAGUUUUUUUUAAAACUCUGCUACCUUUAUUGUCAGUCAAAAUACUGUAUUAACAACUGAGGUGGCCAUCUUAUACUGCCUCAUGGGAAGCUCCAUAUGACCUCCCUUUUACAGGAUUCUUAAGACAGACAAUAAAAUGUCCAGAAGAGAUGGAACAGCUUUGAGGAGACCACAUUCAAUUGGAUUUCUUGACUGAAGUUUUCACUGGAGAUUGGAACCCUAUUGAUCAAGUUUACCUCUCCACCAUGAGUAAAUGUGGCAAAUCCUUGAAAAUUACAAAUAUUUUAAUCAGAUUAAUAAGAUUCCAAUCUCAAUAAUUGGUAAAAGAGCAGUUGCCGGAGGCAGCAUGUGCAUAAAUAUCAAAAAGCAUUUAUUUUUUAUAGUUAAUAUCUUAUUAAAAUAUUUCUAUAGUGUUAAUGUACAUUUAUAUUUCCUUCUGAAAAAGCCUGCUGUGGAAGCAUUUUAAGAUUACCAGGAGAUUCUCAGUCCUCCAGGGUUGAUUUCCCCCGACUGUUAAUCAUAACCAUGCAUUUCAAAAUCUAAUUUUAAUUGAGGUGAGAAAAUCUUGUUAAUAUCCAGCCACAACAGAUAUACUGGAUUUCUAUUCUUUGGGAUUUAAAAUAAUGAAAAUUCUUAAAUUUAAAAUGCAUACAAAAAUAAUAUCUGCUGUACUUCAUUAAUAGAGUAUGUUUACUCAACAGAUUUUAAUUAACCUGAACCAUUCCCAUUCUGCUGAGAAUCACUGUUUUAUAGUCCUAGGCUGCAUCAACAGAGGGGAUAGUAUCAAGAUCACAUGAAGUGCUAGUACUUCUUUAUACUGCUUUGGUAAGAUCACACUCAGAAUACUGCAUCAAGUUUUGGUCCUCAUGAUACAAAAGAGACUCUAGAAAGAGUGCAGAGAAGAACAACAAAGAUGAUUAGGGGACUGGAGGCUAAAGCAUAUGAAGAACGAUUGCAGGAACUGAAUAUAUCUAGUCUUAUAAAGAGAAGACUGGGAAUGACAUGAUUCCAAUAUCUAAGGAGCUGCCACACAAAAAAGAGAGUCAACCUAUUCUGCAAAACAUAUGAAGACAGGACAAGAAAUAACAGAUGGAAACUUAUUAAGGAGCAAUCCAACCUCUAGAACUAAGGAGAACUUUCCUGACAAUGAGAAGAAUAAUCAGUGGAAUGACUUGCCUCCCAGAAGUUCUGGGUGCUCCAUCACUGGAGGUUUUUAAAAGAGAUUGGACAAUCAUUUGUUUGAAUGAUAUGGGGUCUCCUGCUUGAGCAGGGUGCUGAACUAGAAGGCCUCCUCCAACUCUGUUUUUCUGUUCCUCAACUUGAUCUUCAGUACUUUGAUUAAACUCAAUCAACAUUUUUCAGGAAGCCGUGAAAGAUACAAUCCAUGAUUCCGGAUGCUAUCUAAGGCAUUGAAUACAUCUGAAGGAACUGAAUACAUUUACAUUUGAACAUUUAGAAGGAGAGCAAAGCAAUUUAUUCCUUCCUCUUGGAGUGGCUCUGAAAAGGGUCACUGUAGUUAUCAACAUCAGCAAGGCUGAAGGUAGCAAGGCUACCAUAUCUGGUCUGCAAAAACCUGGGUGAUCAGUCUUUGUGUCAUCUACUGGUCAUGUGAAUUUAUGCAGCUCAGAUAUGGGGCCUGUAGCUUCAGUUACUGUGAAGGACCAGAUGGGAUAUUACCAUUUCAUCUCUGGAGAGGAUGUUGAGGUUUUCCUUUUCUUUCAUGAGACAAUUUGUAAGAACAUUAGAAAUGUUUAAUUACUCCGUACUAUGCACACAAAUGUAAUGGCAGAUGAAACAAAUUUUGCCUUUGGUCUUGUAAAAUAGGUACAAUGCAGUGAAAAAGAAUACCUGGACUACUGGACCUCCCAUGACCUGUGGCCUCCACAGCCUCCCUCUCCCCAUAUCGAGCAAUUAUACUUGUCUAAAAGGUUUUAUUGAUUGCACUAGAAGCCUUUUUUAAGCUUAAUUGUUGUAACAAAGGAGUUGAUUCCUAAAGGGAAGGGAACAAAGUUGGAGAGGAAAAGAUUUGAUGUAAUGAUCUAAACUAUGGAUAAAACUGCAAUAAAUUGUCAAGGUAAUACAGGAUUAGGCAAUAUUUCUGCCUGUAUUUGUUAAAAUAAUAUGUUGCAAGGACAAUGGUCCUCUAUUAUCCCUUGUCCUGCCUUUUCUCUAUGAACGAAGUGCACUUAAGGUGUACUAAAACAUUGUUAAUGUCUACUUCCAAAUUAUUAUGAAAAUAUAUCCUUGUUCAGGGACACUUGUGUGUAUGUAGAGCCAAAAAGAAUCAAGAUGGAGGUUAUGACAUGAUAAAAGCCCCAACCCUUUUUUAUGUGACAUCACACUUGUAAAAGGACGAGGGUUCAAAUGCAUGAUAACACUCAAAAGCACUCAGUUCAAUUACAACAACAACUAACAGAACAGAACUAGGAAGAUAGUAUAUAUUCUGGACUAACUUAUUUGCAAUAAAAAUAAGAAUUUGGAGACCUGUUUUAUUUUAAGAGAUGCCAAUUUUCUGCAGACAGCUUUAGAGUAGCCUUCUAUUGAGAAAUCUAACAAGCUGUUUUACGAGAUUGACAAGAUAUAAGAACUCUUGAUAUUAAUCAGAUCUAUACUUCUUGCAUGAUAAGGUUGUGCCUCUAGUUUGGGUUCUUGAAUCUGAGUAUUAAGUUCUGGGAUCUGUUCCAUUCCGAAAGUGGGAAUUAACCACAGGAAUACUCUUCAGCAUGCUCACGAGUGCAUUUCCCACCCUAUUGAGUAACCCACGUCACGUCUGUACAGAAUAUAGUUUUAUGCUUAAAGGGGAAUACUUGAACCUCAGUAAAUUUCUUUUUAGAACUGAGUACUGCAUUUCUCUCUGUUGCAUUUCUAACAUAUUUAAUGCUUGUUCAUUAUUUUGAUAGCUAUCAUGGAACUAGACGCUGGAAAUAAAUCUUGUUACUUUUAAAAUUGUUUUUCUGCUUUGCUGAUUUCCUCUUUGAUAAAGGUUAAUGUAUGUAUGGUGUGUAAGGGAUAAGGGUUACCUCUAGUGGCUUUUUUGUUCAGGGAUUUUCAUUUCAGGAUCUCUUGGUCUUGUUUCUUUUUCUCUCUCCUGGUGAGAACUUCGGGUCCUAGUGUCUGUGUGUAUAAUGUAUAUAUCUAUAUAUAGGUUGUAUAUAUAUAUUUUAACAAAGCAUUCUUGAAUUGUACAUGCAUUUUUUUAAAAAAAGAGUUGUAUCAGGCCAAUAUACGGAGAUUUUUCUACUGUUGGAAUGAGAGACAGCUCACUUACAUAUAUUCCUAAAAAGCUUCUGUAAACUGGAAUAUAAGAUGCAUUGCAUCAUUCCAAGAAACUGCAGCUUAUUUUUGGUCUGUUAGCUAUUAUUAUUAUUACUAUGAUAAUUGGUUGUUGUUGUUAUUAUUUUGCUACAGAAACAUUGGAUAAGAAAACAAAUGCUGGAAAUAAAAACAUUGCAAAAUAUAUUGGAUUUUAUAUUGAUCUUUUCAU